GCUAGAGGAAACGGAAAUAGGAACGUUCGUGGAAGAAGUGGUAUACUCUUUCGUCAUUGUUUACUCUUUUAUGCUGUGAAGCUAAUGAUCUUAUAAAACGAAAUGGAUAAGCUUUUAAAACCGUUCCAGAGACUUCAUUCUAGGACCGAAUCAUCUCAACCAAAAAUUUCAGAGACAUGGACUAAUGCUUUAGCACAAAAAGAAGGUGUUACUUUUUGUUUAAAAUCUCUUGGUAGUAUGUUAGUAGAAGAAUUAGAAGAUGGUGUAAGUUACGGCGAAUCAGUUUCAGCCGAAACUGUUUCUACAAUUGUCAAUAUGAAUAAAGCAAAAAAACCGGAAAAAGUGAAAUUAAAUAUUACUCCAAACGGAAUUACGGUUAAACAUGGGUCGGAAGAGCUGCAAACUUUUACAGAAAUAGAUCGAAUAAGCUUUUGUACAGCUGAUCAAAAACACGAAAAAGUAUUUGCGUAUAUAGCAAGAAAUAAAGAGAAUGAAACUAUGGAAUGUCGUGCCUUUUUGUGUAAUAACAGGAAAUUGGCGCAAGCUGUUACUUUGACAGUUGCGCAAGCCUUCGAAAUUGCUAAAAGUCAAUACGAGGAAGAGAGAGCAACAAGAAAAGCCGAACAACUACGAAAGGAAAAUGAUGAAAUAAACAAGAGAAGGCAAGCUAGCAGUGCCAUACCAAUUACUCCAUCUGCAGGCUCAAAUAAACAACAAAAUCAGGAAAUAUUAAAGAAUAACGUUAAUGGAACUGAAUUUGAUGUCGAUAAUACGUUUUCUGAUUUUGCCAGACAAAGAGCUUCACCGGCAACUUCGCCAAAUAAUCCUUUCCGGGGUUUUCACUUAGGCCUACAUGAACGAGAUUUACACGAAAAUUUUGACGAAUAUGCCAUGGGAAAUAAAUUCUCUCCAGGAAGUCCCAGAAGUCCAAUCAUGGGAAGUAUUUAG